CGCACCGUUGUGAUCUCAGAAGAUGGCGCCAGCCUGUACUGCUCGGCCUUCUUGUCUUGUGGCCCUGCUGCUUCUGGGCUGUGUUGUGGGGGCCCAAGGCAACGUUUUGUUCCAGGAGGAUGGCUAUGGCGACCUGCGGAUCCGCACGGAGGACGGGCUCAGGCACACCGGGUUGACCGUGAACGACGUGGACCUGCUGGCCGAGCUUCGCCGCACGCAGUUCAUGGUGAACAAGCUCAAGGACAUGAUGUGUGCCGCACACGAUCCAAGCUCCAGUGUGUACACGGACCAAUUCCGGCUUGAGGAGAGCGCGGAUGGUAAGGCGUACGUGACAGUUGUCGAACACUCUGCCACAAAAAAGGUGUUCCUCGUGCCCUUCACGGAGGACCACGUGGUUGAGUACGACCCCGUGACCCAAAACCUGACCAAGAUUCCUCUGCCAUCUGACUUCCUUGCCGCCGAAGCUCAGCGUGCUGGCCAGAGCGGGGUGGCCCUGUGGCAGGGUGCAUUUGAAGCCCAGGACGGAAGCCUGUACGCCGUGCCGUUUGCAAGCACUGCCGUGCUCAUCAUCCACCCUGAGACUCACACGCUUGACGUGACGACCAUCGCUGGGCUUGAGCCAGGCCCAAAGUACCGCGGAGGCGUGCUUGUCUCAGACCGAUUCAUCGUCACUGUGCCCGGCGAGGCGGACCACUCCCUCAUCAUCGACAUGAACACCAACGAGCUGCACAACAUCACCAUCGACGUCGACCACGAGAGCCAGCACAACAUCAAGUGGAGCGGAGGCUCCCUUGGCAGGGACGGCAAGAUCUACUGCGUCCCGCGUGACGCAAAUGCCAUCCUCAUCAUCGACCCGCAAACGCAGACCUACGACGCCACAACCCUGACGGUUCACCCUGCCAACGACAAGUGGUGGGGAAGCGUGAUGGUGCCGAGCGGCAAGAUUAUCGGCUUUCCCCGCAACUUCCACUCCGUGCUCGUCAUCGAUCCGAGCACGCAGUCAACGUCACUGAUUCGCACAAGCAAGGACGAGGACGGCAUCCAGUGGGAGAGGCCACGGUGGGCACCCGGGUUUGUUGGCCCAGAUGGACGCGCGUAUGGUGUGCCAGCCACGAGCAAAUCCGUGCUGGUGAUUGAUGCGGACGCGAAGGUGGUGAGCGAGGUUGAGAUCCCAGACCUGCCCAACACGGGCUCCCCCGAUGACCCCGACAUCAUGUGGCACGGUUGUAUCGUGCGUGGCAACGGCAGGGCUUACUGUGCCCCUGUACAUGCCACCAACCCACUUGUUAUUGACAUGGAGAUGGUGACCCUGUGUUGGUGAACACCAAGACGAAGGUGUAACACAUCGUAUGCGUGCGGUUGUGUUCAUGCGUGCAUGUAGUGUUUGUGUUUGUGUUUGUGUUUGUGAGUGCAUGUACAGUGUCAGUGUGUGACGGCGUUCAUGCUUGCAUGUGUUGCGUUGUGUCAUGGUUGUAAUCACGCGUUGAGCCUGCAAAGAAAUGCGUGAUGUGAUGUGACUGCUUUAGAACUUGUUCCUCUGGCCUUGUGUCCAUCCUCCCCCGUUGAUGUUCUUUUCUUGAUGUCGCCUGCCAUAUCAUGUCUGGGUUUAUGGCCAACGGCAAACACGGCUGUUGAGGAAGUCGUACCUUUCUCAGCUUUCACUUUGCUUUCGCCCAAGCACCGUAACGCACCUGUGUGACUUAAAACUCUCAACGCUGCACCAACGCUGCACAGAGGCUUUGGUGUCAGCUACGCCAACUUGUGUUGUUGUGUUGAUGAUAUGCAUGUAAGCGGUUUUCACUGUUGAUUUGCAUUUCAAUGACAUGUUGUGUUGAUUCGGGUGUCAGUGUUAUGUUGCAGUGCCAACAUGGGCGUAGUCCCUCUAACCCCUUCCCCCCCCCCGGCGCUGUGCUUGUUUGUGGCUUGCCACGUGGCGCAGGGUGCAGAGUUGCUUUAUUCAUGCGUUUGAAAGCCUGCUUCGCGAAUAAAACGAUGCAGACGCAGCUGGAGCACACAAUGUGGUUGAAAGCAAUAAAUGAAGCAC